AUGGGUCGUCAUUCUAUUGAAGAAGCAAUAUUUGUUCAACCUGUUGACGUUUCUACUUUUAAUACAUCUUUGACGUCAGAUAAAACAGCGACAACGACCACAUUAACAAAGUCGACGUUGCCUAUAUCUAAUAACGUUGUCACUUCAAUGAAGCGUUCUGCUGUUUUAAAAAAAUCUUAUACAAAUGGUAUAACUACCAAUCACAAUAUUCGGUUUUCUCUUAAAGCUCCUGAAACUAUUAUAACUCCUCCAGCCACUCCUCCUUCUUCAUAUUUCACAAACAAUAAAAUCCAGCUAAGUGUAGAAUGUCUGGUACGGGCUCGCAUCCCAACUAGUACUGGUGAAGUUUUCCUUCAUGUUUAUAGGAAUAAUAAAGAUGGUAAAGAACAUUUGGCUGCUGUGUAUGGUGAUGAAUUUCGCAGUAAGAGUUUAGAUACUUCUCGUUCGGGUGAAAGUGAAAUGGAUAGAAUUGUGAGGGGUGCAUAUACGGGCAAGUUAAGACCUGGUCAAACUCGAUCCAAUGAUUCGAACAUUUCCAUUGUAUAUUCAAAGCAACUACCGCCUCCUUUAGUUAGGAUUCAUUCUGAAUGUUUUACUGGUGAAACUUUAAAGAGCGCUAGGUGUGAUUGUGGUGAACAAUUAGAAGAGGCUAUGCGAUUGAUCCAAGCUGAAGGACGUGGUGUUGUAAUAUAUUUAAGGCAAGAAGGUAGAGGGAUCGGUUUAGCCGAUAAACUCAGAGCAUAUAAUCUUCAGGAUUUGGGUCAUGAUACAGUAACGGCCAAUAUUCUCCUAAAUCAUCCACCUGAUCUUCGUACUUAUGAUAUCGCAUCACUGAUUCUUGCUGACCUAGGUUUAACUUCGAUCCGUUUACUUACGAAUAAUCCUGAUAAAAUUGAACAAAUUGAGAAUGAUGGUGUUAAGGUGGUUGAGCGUAUUCCUAUGGUACCUCGGGCUUGGAAAGGUAAACUUGAUUCUAAUCGUAUAGGUCAUGAAAUGGACCAAUAUCUUAAAGUUAAAGUUGAAAGAAUGAGACAUUUGUUGAACAUACCAGAGUCACUAUUACCAUGA